UCCUGUUUCACUGCCUGUUGCUUGCCAGUGUGCUAGUCUUCCCUUCUUCCUCCAGGUGUGUCCUGCCCUCCUCCUCUUCCUUUCAUAGGGUGUGAAGCACAACAACAGCCAAUAUGUCGGAAAAAAAGAUGACAUCAAGUCGCAGGCAUCAUCUGAAGAGCUUGGUGCUCCAGAUUGCAUUUGAGCUGAUUGAGGCGGAGAAAAAGGAGGCUAAGCAGGAGAAAGACAAUUUCAUGGCUGAGAUCCCCGCCCUGGAUUUGUCUGGAGAUCAAGCGGCGCUGGUGGAAAUGCUCAAAAAGUUGGCCCAAACCAUCGACAAGGUAGAUGAGGACAGAUAUGAUACAGAAGCAAAAGUGAAGAAGGCUGACAAAGAGAUUGAGGACUUGCAGAUGAAAGUGGUUGAGAUCAAGGGCAUGAAGAAGCCAGCACUGAAGAAAGUGCGUAUGUCUGCUGAUGCUAUGCUCCAGGCUCUGCUGGGCACCAAGCACAAGGCUUCCAUGGAUUUCAGAGCCAACUUGAAAGAAGUGAAGAAGGAGGUCAAAGAGGAGGCAGCGGAUGCAGUUGGUGACUGGCGCAAGAACGUUGAUGAACAGGCUGGCAUGGAUGGCAGGAAGAAAAAGUUUCAGGGUUAAACACAGCCGUCUUUUGUCGUAUUGUGGUAUAGAGAUGAAUUUCAAUGACCUUGUUGUUAGGCAUCCCUGCAGGAAGAGGAUCUUUGAUCCGAAAUGCUGUUAUUUUUUGAUACUGUAGCUGUUCAACACUAUGGUUUUGGAUCUCUUUCUCUCUCUGUCUCUUCCCCAUCCCCCCUCCCCCGCCAAAUAAAAAAAGCUUGUGAA